AAAGAUAAAAGUGCGUUGUGUAAAAACGUCAAUAUAUCUCCUAAAAUAGUUGUGUCGGUCUAUUAUAUCUUAACAUUUUAUAAGUUUUUUCUGUUUAAGGAAACAAUUGAAAGUGUUUGGGUGACUUUACGAUUGCAUCGAAGAUGAUGAAGGCGAUCGAAAGAAACAAAACACCUAGUUUACAGACCUAGGAAUAUGGCUUACAUUGUAGAUAGUGAAAGAAGCAUACUACGUUAAUUUACAAAAUAUAUUUGGUUUAGUAAUAAAGAGAAGAACAGAAAAGACUUUAAAAGAGAGAUAAUUGCGUUAAAAAAUAAAUAUAAAAGAUUGGAAACCGUAAGUCUGCUGAAGCAAUUCCGGUCAAUAAAAGUGCAAUGGACAGAAAAGAUAUAGUUGCAGCAAUUGACUUUGGCACGACAUUUUCAGGUUGUGCAUUCCAGUCUAGAGCAGACUUUGGGAGCAGUCCGCUCAAGAUCGAGUUGGUCAAAUUAGCCGGGUCAUCCGGUUUGUCAGAAAAGACAUCAACUGCUAUUUUGUUCGACAAGCAAAAGAAGUUUGUGGCAUUUGGCCAUGACGCCGAGGAGUUGUACAACCAAAAGCUUGCAGAUGGGAAUCAAUUCGACUGGUAUUUUUAUCGACGGUUUAAAAUGUUCCUGUACAACAGACUGGAUUUGGCAAAGAACAACAUGAUUAAAAGUGUGGGAACUGGAAAAGAAAUGUCGGCUAUGCUGGUUUUCCAAGAGGCUAUCCGCUAUCUGAAGGACACAGGCCUUCAUGCGAUUCAAAAGAAGUAUAACAAGGGGAUAAAUGAUAUUCACUGGAUUCUUACGGUGCCCGCCAUAUGGGACGAUCCUGCAAAGCAGUUCAUGAGAGAAGCUGCAAUAAACGUAAACAAUUCUUCCGCAGGAAUUGCGACGGACAAUUUGUCCUUGAGUUUGGAACCCGAGGCGGCAGCAUUAUUCUGUCGAUACCUUCCACAUGAUAGAUCCACAGAUCUCGACGGAAGUGUUUCAAUUAAAAGCUUUCGAAUUGGGGAUCGUUACCUCGUCCUUGAUGUUGGAGGUGGCACAGUCGACAUAACAGUUUACGAAGUGUACUGUGAUGACCAAACGAAGACAGUUGCGUUGAGAGAGUUGGAUAAAGCAAACGGCGGUGAAUGGGGAGGAACAAGUGUGGAUGGAGAGUUUGAAAGUAUGCUCGAAGAGGUGUUAGGUCCUGAGGUUAUGGAAAUCGUUCGUUCUCAAUACAACGAAGAUUUUAUGUCACUGAUGGCCGUAUUUGAGGUGAAGAAGCGAAAUGUCACGCCAGAUUCUAUUAGCCGGGAAACAUUUGCCUUACCACAGUCUAUUACAGAUCUUUACAAGCAAAUUCAGAAAACAGAUCUGGAAGAAGGCAUAAAGAGCAUUCAGAAAUACCGAGGCAAAAUAUCAGUUAAUAAAGAUAAAAUGAGUAUUGAGGCAGAAAUGAUGAAGGAGUUCCUACGACCCAUCGUUGAACAGAUAUGUGGCAUAACGAAGGAGAUCGUCAACCAGAAGGAAGACCUCAACAUCAACAAAAUAUUGAUGGUUGGAGGAUUUAGCGAAUCCAAAAUGUUACAACAAAAGGUCCGGGAAACAUUUUCCACUCAACUGCUGAUUGUGCCGGAGAGCGCAGGCCUUUGUGUUUUGAAAGGGGCUGUUAUAAACGGCCACAAUCCAUCCAUGAUCACAGUACGGGUCUGCAAAUACACGUACGGUAUAAGGGCGUACGAGCACUUUGAACCGGCGUUGGAUCCACGGGAGAAACGCGAAAUUAUUGGCGAUCGCGUGUUAUGCAAAGACCGAUUUAGCGUUUACGGAAGAGUUGAUCAAGCUUUUGAAAAAGGGGAAGCCGUAGGGGAUCGCGUGUACGUGCCACGCACAGAAGACGCCACAAGCCUUCAGAUCGAAGUUUACACGACUAACGAAAAAUACCCACGUUUCGUUAAUUCUGAGACCUGUAGAAAGCUGGGACAUCUCGAGGUUCCCCUUGGAGAUAUUGCUCGAGGGCAGCCGCGGGAAUUUCGAGUCCAGUUUGUCUUCGGCGAUCCGGAGUUGGGCGUCGUCGCUACGCACAUUGCAACGGGAAAGAAAAUACAAGGAGAGUUUGAUUUUCUUUGAACUGUUCAUUUGCAUCAUAUGUAUUCAAUUAUGUAACGGAUCAAUCACUGUGGUAAAAUGGUCAAAUAUUGUAUCCAGAUAAUUAUGGGUUGUUUAUUGUACUUUUAAAGAAGAAUUGCAAUUAAGUGUAUUAUAAUUGAUAUAAUAAUAUUUGAACGAAAAUCUUUGUAGAAAUGUAGAACUAAUAAUGGCUACACGAGUGUAUGAAAGAAAUGCGUGUUGUAAAAUGUCGUCAAUUUGUUAUUGCAUAGUUUUAUUGUACGUAGAUAGGUUAUGAUUCAUUAUGACUCUUGUAUAUGUUUAAAGGUUAAGUACAUGUAUGUGUAUAUUUACUUGUAUAUGUACGGAGAAAAAUAUAACACAAUAAGAAGCACUAAUUAUGUUCAGUGUUGUUCCAGAUCCAGUAUAAAAUGACACAACCAAAAUCUGUAUUAAGCAAUAACUUGAAUUGUAUGCUUAGUCCAGUAUGCGAAUCACAAUUUGUAUUAAUUGUGUUUCUUCAAGACUGAUACAGCCAAGAUUUAUUGUCAGUAAUUGAAAAUAUUGUGAUUGUGAUUUAUUCAACAUGUACUUGUUAUGCAUGUCUGUGAUAUAUUUUAUGUUGGCAAUAUAUGAACAUGAACUAUGA